AUGGAGUCUAUUCAUGCUCGGGCAGCCGAUAAUAGCCCCCACGGCUUCCCCGUCUGUAUUCGCGCCCUACGUGCUCGCCUUUGGGAAGAAGACCGAUGGAACCAGUUCUCUACCGCCGUUAAAUCCAUCUUUCUGUGGCGCGUAGGUUGCUGCGACGAAACUGCCUCUGUACCCUUAAAUAUCUUCCUCUGGGAGAUAUAUCGCAACGUAAGCUUCUACUUGUGGCCCAGUUUCACUCACCGGAUCGAGCAUCCCCCGGAAGUUCUCCGCGCGAGCCAGAACGGCCCCACUGCGCUCAUCCCCAUCUUUCGCGCCAUCGACGUCUACUCGACACCGGUUGAUAGCCUGAUCGACUUCAUGUACCUUAACGGCACCGUGGCGUUUCCCUGGCUGCGCCUGAAGACCGCCCGGGAAGACCAGAUUUACGGCGUCAAGAACGAGAUGGUCAUGUACAAUGCGCCCUACUCGUGGAUUAGCCACAAUAUGGGUACCAUUGCCGCCCUGUUGCUAGACGAGCCGCUUGCGCUCCCCGCCUUCCUACACCGCAAUUUCAGCGACGGCAGUCAUGUGGAUGGAGCCUCUAUACCGGAGGGGGCAUGGCUCCUGGCCGAGUUGUUGGCUAGCACGCCGGAGGGCCACGAGGCGUUGCGCGAGGGCAGCAAGGAAAGCGCUAGCAUCAAGGAGGCGGAGACGAUCGAGGGCAUGCUGGCCGCGAUUCGCGUGGAGAGAUACGAGAGCGAUAUGGAUAACUUCACGAUUAUUGACGGUCUCAAAUUUGCCCAAUCGACCCUCGUCGGCUGCCCUAUGGUCGUGUACGACCCGAUGAGGGUGGAAGAGACUGAGACCACUAGCUCUACCGCCGUUGGCGGUACCAGUAAGGGGGCAGGGCGGACGGUUAAGGUCGUUCGGGGCACACGGGAGUUUCACAGCGGCCUGCCUGCUAAUUGGAACUACAUACUACCGUUAUUUUCAAAGAUCAUCCAAUACACGGACCGUUACCAGCGCCGCUGCACGUACGCUGCCGCUGUCGCCAUCGCGAGUGCCCAUCCGGAUACCUGGCAGGCCCGAGAGCGGCCCGCGAUGCCGCAGCAUCUCAAAUACCUCGACGUGUUCGCCCCCGACCCGUUGCUGCCUCCGGAGCAGCUUGAAGAGGCCCAGGCCUGGGAGGACCCGGCCCGGGCGGACUACGAAGGGGGGGGUAUCGGUGAGUUGGAGGAAGUCUUUUUACUUGGGGGUGAAGACCAAGGGCCAGAUAGCGACCAGGAGAACAUCGCCCCCGCGUACGGGCACGAGGAGGGAUUGCCUAUAGAUUACAUCCAUGAGAAGGGCGAUCCCUGCGACGACGGCGACGGGCUUGCCGACUCCUGGUACCAAGAUUAUUACAACCCCGAGGAAUACGAGGAUCACGACGACGCCAUGAACCUGGAGCAGCACUUUAUGGAGUUCGAGUGA